GGUGUUCGUACCAGAGUCACGGGGGCAGCGACAAGAACGGCGCCGGUGGGGGCGGGCGUGACGUCAACGCCGUGAAACCGGACGCCAACCAAUACUCUGGGCCGCAAUUCGACCCGGAAACGCCCAGGAACGUGACGGCGCUGGAGGGAAAAUCUGCGUAUUUGACAUGCAAAGUCAAGAAUUUGGAUAACAAAACGGUGUCAUGGAUAAGGCAUAGGGAUAUACACAUACUGACGGUGGGCGCUUACACAUACACCAGUGACCAGCGGUUCCAGGCCAUUCACCAUAGGUCACACUCGGACCAAUGGACGUUGCACAUCAAAUGGGCUCAGAAGAGAGACGCUGGAAUUUAUGAGUGCCAGGUGAGCACGCAACCGGUGAGGAGCAUAUUCGUCACGCUAAACGUCGUCGACGAUAAACCGCCGCCCUCGGACAGCGACGAUAGUUUACUAGACAUGAUGAUAAGAGAUGGAGACUUUACAAAAGUGCCGUCUGCUUCGAUUUCCGGUGGUCCGGACAUUCACGUGAACGAAGGGAGCACUAUUAAUCUGACGUGCAUCGUGAAGUUCAGCCCUGAGCCUCCGUCUUACAUCUUCUGGUACCAUUACGACGAGGUGAUCAGCUACGAUUCGGUUCGCGGUGGUGUGAGCGUGGUCACAGAAAAGGGAGACGUGACGGUCAGUUACCUGCUCAUACAAGAUGCGGUGCAAGCGGAUUCUGGCAAGUACACUUGCAACCCGUCAAACGCGGACUUAUCCAGCGUGGUCGUACACGUCUUAAACGGUGAGAGUCCUGCGGCCAUGCAGACAGGUUCGGCUGGCUUAUCCAACAGUUCCAUCACGAUAUUGUGCGUGAUGAUCCUGAGCUGGACGUUCACCAGGACUGACGAUCAGCUGAGAUAAUAGAUGCGCUCCCGCCGCCAGCCGCCCGUUUUCGCUCCUCUCCAGCUACCAUUAUACUUUUAUAAUAUAUAUUAUAUUAUUAUAAUAUACAAUUUACAUUUAAUUACACGCCAUAAUGAUAAGAAACUUAAAAAAAAAAAUUACAAAAAAAUACAAAAAUGGAAACAACGCGAGUGCGAGAAAAAAAAUAAAGGGCCUGAAAUGAUGUGUAUACUCUAGUUUUGAGUAACCAAGAGUAUACUACGAUAUAUUAUGCGAUAUUGAAUCACAUAGUUAUAACAUCGGAUUUAUUCAAUUAAGAUAUUAUUUUAACAAUAUUCAAUAUUAUGACUUCGGUAACCGACCGUUAUAUGUCGUAAGAGACAUGCUCGUGUUAUUUUCUCUUUUUUUUCUAGAAAUUAAUGUGUAAAUAUUAUUACAUACGUUGUACAGAAUUUGUCUAUAUACCCACACUCCAUCGUCGUCAAUCGCACGUUCGGCACAUGGAUAUAAUUAUAAUGAUAAUUAUAUUAUUAUUGUUAUAUUAUUAUACAAUAAAUGUUGCUCACGCGUGCGACAAGCUGGGGUCUGUUUCCCUCGAAAACGACAUCGUUGUCAACCUUAGCAGUGGAAAACUCGUGUUUUUGUUUCGUUUAUUUUUUACGAAUUGUUGGUCUGUACAUAGUAUAUAUAUAUAUAUAAUAUAUAACCAUCCCCAAGUUCUCGUACGAUAAUAUGCACACCCCCAUGUUCGUCGAGUACUCGUUUUGUUAUCGGGUCCCCGUAAAUAGUUUAAUAGUAAUUAUAUAAUGUCCGGUCGUUUGUUGUACAUAAAAAAAAAUUAAAUGUUUUAUUUUUCGUACGCGUCGUAUUGCCGGAUAAACAUGCCCGGGCGGAAACACUAUGUCAUACCUACACCACACAAAAACGAACGAAAAUCGAAAAGUGGUAAUCUCACCGGCUUCAGUUUACCCAUACAGAUGUAUUACGCUGCACAAAGUGUAAUGUUGUUAUAAAUAAUUGUGGGCGGUCGUCAAACACUGCCAAUAGCGAGUGCACUUCGGGCAGGGGGGAGGUUGAAGGGGCAGACUUCCGUGUUCGUGUUUGAAAUGCUAUACGAUAUCAUAGGUACCGAGUAUAGAUUUCUCUACACACCGGGAGCGUAUUCCCGUGAAGUCUAAUACCGAUCCUGGACACAGUCGCCCGGAUAGUCUGUGAUAUUUCAUAACUGACAAUUUUUGCAUUAUAUCAUAUGGCAAUAUUUGAAAACGGAAAAAUCGUUUUAGGUAAUCUCGGGACACUCGACCGAGUAUAGUGAAAAUGUUUAAAGCAAAACAUAUUAUACAACAGGUGCAGGCGAAAGAAACCUCGAACAAGAGAGAGGGUGAGAGGGAAAAAAAGAGAGAGAGAUAGAGAUAUUAAGAGAAAAUAAUCGCAACAUUAUGAUAAUAACAAUAAUAUGAUAAUCUCGUGAUUUUGUGUACAAUACGACUCGCUUGCACACACAAAUGUUAUAUUAGUUAUUAAAACUUUAUCGACAUAUUAUUAUGGAACACUGCAGCGACGGCGUAAAUUGUACGCCAGUCAAACUUGCCCGUAAUUUUUUCCCUCUACAUUUAUUUUCAACACAUUUUCCGCGAUGCGCGUGCCCGCACCGAAUUACACACCGGACAAUGGUGAUGUUAUUAUAAUUAUUAUCGACGCUUGUUUGCGAGCGUAUACAGAUUACGUUACGCUCGGGACAUUUUACACAAUGUAUAAUGAUGUAUACACGUAAAGGUUGGGUGAAACACGGUCGGUGGGGAGGGUAAAAAAUUAACCAUUCGUGACGGUUCGAAACCGAUAAAUUAACGAUACUGCGUAAUACAUAUAUUAAUAUUAUAAUACUAUACGCGCACCGUGUCGGAUGGGAUUCGAAAAGUGUGUAACGAAUAUUAUUAUUAUUAUUAUUAUAACGUCAUGUGUACAUACUUCACGCGAUGUAUAUACGAAAAUAGUUAUAGUAAUAAUACUAUCAUCGUAAUACGUUUUCGUUUAGUUGUCGACAGUAA